AUGAACAACUCGACGCCGCCACCCUAUCCUUCCUACUUCGACAAGCCGCUCGGACGGUCCAAUACUACGACGCAUAAUAAUGCUCCAAUGUAUUACAUCGAGAAGCCGUUGGCCAGGUCAAACACAUCGUCGACAUUUUCCUCGAUGACGGAACGAACAAGAUCAACUCCUCUGUCGAGGAUGUUGCUGUCCGGGGAAGUGAGCGGCGAGGCACCCCGAGACCUGAACAUGAGAGAGAAGUUGGAGAGGUGGAUGGUCAACGAGGGCUCGAGGCGGAUAGUGGUGGCAGUGUUCGUGCUGGUACACGGACUGGUCUUCGCCUUCGGGUUCAUGAACUACCAACUGAAGGACAACCUGACGGGAGCGCGGGCGACAUUUGGCAUCACAUAUCCCAUUGCGCGGUCAGCCGCACUGGUCCUACACUUCGACGUUGCUUUGAUCCUCUUCCCUGUCUGUCGGACGUUGAUAUCGUUACUCCGCCAAACGCCUCUCAACAGCAUCGUCCCAUUCGAUAAGAACCUCACCUUCCACAAACUUGUCGCCUACUCUAUCGUCUUCUUUACCUGGGUCCACACCAUUGCGCAUUGGAACAACUUCGCCCAGCUGGCCGCCAAACAGAAGCUGGGCUUUGUCGGCUUCUUGGAGGCCAACUUUCUGACUGGCCCGGGCUGGUCUGGCUAUGUCAUGCUCUUUGCCUUGAUGGCAAUGGUUUUCACUUCAAUUGAGAAGCCCCGACGAGCCAAUUUUGAGCGGUUCUGGUCUGUCCACCACCUGUUUAUUGUGUUUUUCGUCUUCUGGUCCGUCCAUGGCGCCUUCUGCAUGAUCAAGGCCGACACUGCUCCUUUCUGCUUCGGUACAGGUGUAUUCUGGGAAUACUGGAUGUACGGAGGCUUCGCAUACCUCAUGGAGAGAGUUCUCCGAGAAAUCCGCGGGCGACACAAGACCUACGUGACCAAGGUCAUCCAACACCCCAGCAACGUCGUGGAGAUUCAGAUGCACAAGGAGAAGACGAAGACACGUGCAGGCCAGUAUAUCUUCCUCUGCUGUCCCGAGGUCUCUAUCUGGCAGUACCAUCCUUUCACCCUGACAUCGGCGCCGGAAGAAGAUUAUAUCUCUGUCCAUGUGCGAAUGGUGGGCAACUUCACCAAAGCUCUCGGAAAAGCACUCGGCUGCCAGGAGGGCAAGGGUCGAGGUGACAAUAAAGGUGACGGCGCGAAAAAGCUACGCUCCGAAGUUGUCUCCAUGGCUCCGGGAGGUCUGACAAAGCUCCUCCCGCGCAUCUACGUUGAUGGCCCCUUCGGAUCCGCCUCCGAGGAUGUGUUCAAAUUCGAAACGGCAGUACUAGUCGGUGCGGGUAUUGGAGUCACACCGUUCGCCAGUAUCCUCAAGUCUAUCUGGUACCGUAUGAGCCAAGGUGGCGGCGGUCAAUCGCGGCUAAGAAAGGUCUACUUCUUCUGGAUUUGCCGGGACUUCGGUUCUCUGGAAUGGUUCAAGAGUCUGCUCACCGCUAUUGAAGCCCAAGAUAAGCAACACGCCAUCGAGAUCCACGCUUACCUUACUGCCAAGAUCUCCGCUGCGGACGCCAACAACAUCAUGCUUAACAGCAGCGACACCGAUGCCAUCACAGGAUUGCGCACUCCGACGAACUUCGGCCGCCCCAACUGGGACAUGGUCUUCCGGGCGAUUCGCAAACUCCACUCUCCCGGCGAGGCGGGUGUGUUCUUCUGCGGGCCCAAAGGCUUGGGGUCGCAGUUACACAUACUGUGUAACAUGUAUAGCGAGGGUGACAAGGGCUUCAGCUUUGUAUGGGGCAAGGAGAACUUCUAA